CAAACAGAUACGCGGUGUUGUGUCAAACAUCAAAAAAUCAAUCAAACUGUCAUCUCCGGGAUUUUAUCGAUUCAAUUUUCUUCAAUAGUUUUCAACUUCAUUUCCCCUCUAUAGAAUUAAAUCCAGUAUGUGUUUUCAUUAAUUUGGCCACAAAAAUUAAGAAGCUUCUGUGUAACACAAAAUCCAAACAGAACAAACAUGGGUUCAAAACAACUACCACCGCCACCACCACAACAAUUCUCAUUGCUACCCAAGAUCAUAAACGGCGGCAUUGCCGGCAUUGUGGGAGUCUCCGUGGUGUUUCCCCUUGACCUUGUGAAGACCCGCCUGCAGAACCAAACCAUUGGGCCAAAUGGGGAGAAGCAAUAUAAGAACAUGUUGGACUGCUUCAAGAAGACGUACGCAGCCGAGGGCUACUUCGGCAUGUACCGCGGGUCCGCCGUGAACAUCAUCCUCAUCACGCCGGAGAAGGCGAUCAAGCUGGCCGCCAACGAUAUGUUCCGACACUAUCUCACCCUGCCUGACGGUUCGCUGCCAAUUCCCCGUCAAAUGAUGGCGGGUGGUCUGGCGGGCGCGUGCCAAAUCGUCAUCACGACUCCCAUGGAGCUGCUCAAGAUCCAGAUGCAGGACGCGGGCCGAGUAGCCGCUCAGGCUAAAGCUGAGGGCAAAACAUUCCAGCGCAUCACGGCGAUGGAGCUUACAAAGAAGCUGAUCAGAGAGCGCGGAAUCUUCGGGCUGUACAAGGGAGUGACGGCCACCGCGGGGCGUGACGUGUCAUUCAGCGUGAUCUACUUCCCGCUGUUCGCCACGCUUAACGACCUGGGCCCGAGAGACCCUGCUGGUACUAUACCUUUCUGGUGGUCAUUCGUGUCUGGCUGCGCGUCCGGCUCGACGGCAGCCCUGAUGGUGAACCCUAUGGACGUAGUCAAGACUCGCAUGCAGACGCUGACCAAGGGCAGCGGCGAGCGCCAGUAUACCUCCAUCUUGGAUUGUAUCACACAAAUGCUGAAGCACGAAGGUCCGACGGCGUUCUUCAAAGGCGGCGCUUGCCGAAUGAUCGUCAUCGCGCCGCUCUUCGGUAUCGCUCAAGCCAUUUACUACGUCGGCAUCGCCGAGAGGUUGCUGGGUAUCCGAUAAACAGGUACGGGUGUUUGAUAUCUCGAGAUAUUGUUAUCGAUAUGCCAAUCGAUUCGAUUAUGAGUUUGAAAUAGUUUGAAAUCUGAUUUGGGAUCGCAUUAUCUUACAGUUAAUCAGACCCGAGUUUCGUGGGUGUGAAGUGCUUAAACUGAUAGCUUCAAUAGUUAUUUACAAUCUAAAAAUAUUUUAUCAGCAGUUAGUUACAUAGUUUAUGGAAAUACAUACUACGUAACUUUUAAAAACUGUUGAAUUUCAAUUCACGAGGAAAAAACGUUUUGUUCGAUAAUUGCUAUUCGUUAAACCUGGAUCUUAGCUUCUCAAACUUUUGCUUCAAAUGUUGGAAACAUUCAAAUGGUUGAAUUGCGCUCACCCCACUAUGGAAACUUCUACGUCUGUUCACGUAUUGAACAUAACGAUUCUCCCAUAUUAUUAUGUCUUGUCUUACAUAUUUGACCACACAGUAUCCUAUCUGGAAUAGGCUACAUACACUAUCAUAGUAUCAAGUUAUCUCUAAAAAAAUCCUUCAACGUGCGAAUUCAUAUCAAUAUCUCGAGUAUCAACACGCUUCUAAACGCGUUGUACAUGUUUCAUCGAUUUGGCUAUCAGAAAACUCGUAUCUACAUUCUUGAGUUUUUGCUCCAUAAAUCACUGUUUUGUCUUUGUUUGAUUUUGCUAACUAACUAAUCAGAUUCUCGAAUAAAUAUCCAAAGAAUGAGCUUGAUCGAUGAAGUGUGUAACGCUCAUAUUAAAGUGAUGUGAAAAAUGUCUGUCUGUAUUGUUGAAAACGCGUCAUAUGACAAUGUGUAUUUGCGGCGCUUAUGUAAACCUACAUAGUAUACUAUACUAUCAGUAAAAUAAAAUUUUAAUAGAAACAUACAGAUAUACAUUCUUGACAUCUUGCAGUCAAGUGCUGGCCACUUAGAACAAAUAAACCUGAUAUUUUUAAUUGUUUUCUACGUCUAUUUUUUAAAGUGCAUUACUUUUACUUUGUGACAAUAAUUUAUUUUAACAGAUUAGAAGCUAAUUUAUAAUUUGUUAAGUAGGCAAUUUUAUUUGAUAACUGUGUUAACCGACGCUAACUCACAACAUGCUGUGCUCAUCAGUGUUACCAGUGAAAAAUAAUAAUCUUAUUCCUUGCGGCAUGCAAGGAGUAAUGAUCAGCCAGUGACAUAAUAUAUUUACUAAUACUAAAAUACUGGCAUCAAAAAGGCAAUAUGAUUUUAAUAAGUUACAAAAUGUAUCAAAACCCUGUUAAAAAUCUGGUUCAGUAUAAAUACUCGUAUAAAUGAAGAAACAUUUAAUUGUUUAAGUUAAAGUUUUGUUCAAUGAUAUGACCUAUCGAAAUAUGAAAAGACAAAAAAAUUGUAAAGCUUUAGUACUCAGAAUGAAA